AUGGCUCCUUCCUGGCGCAAUGCGGCGGUCGGCGCCCUUGCCCUCUCUUUCCCUGGCAGUGGCCUCUUUGCCGCUGCCCAGGCGGCCUCAAGGCAGCCCGCCGGCCCCGGCUACCGCGGCAUGGACGCCGUUUGUCCCUCUGCCUGCUUCUCAACCGGUCCUGACCCUUUAGGCUGGUCUGCCUAUCCUAGUGCAAGCCGGUUGUCCUCUUGUAAACAGGUCGUUCUCUCGAGCUUCUCGCUUCACGAUGACGUCGAUGACAAGGACAGCAACCACCGCAUCUACGCCUGCACGGCCUAUGGCCAUGACUGGGAUGAUGAGGCCAAGGCUGAUGCGGCUGCCGCUCGCUCUGCCAAGGAGGUCAACGUCACUUACGAGAUCGGAUGGGACUCCAGUGAAGCCGGCACCGAGGCCGCGUACAGUUUGUUAAUGGAGCAGAUGCGCGAGUAUGCGGUCAACGGCCACACCCCCACCAACAGGACGACUAUGUUGUAUGCCCAGUUUGGCCAGACCACGGCCGGUCUCUACAUUGGUCAAGGUCUGCGAGCGCCGGAUGUUGCCAACGCCGCCCUGAAGGCUCUGGACUCCAACUCGGCUGAGUUCGAUGGACGACGUGACGCUCUUGCGAUCCAGCUCUGCGGGCCCGGUUACGACUCCGACCACAUUCUGGGCUUUAUGGCCGUCAACCGUGGCACAUUGGGCGAUAUCCAGCAGGCCUUCAAAUCCUGGUCUGGUGCCGAGUGUCUUGACUUUGCCAACUCUACGAGCAUCACCACCACCGCGCCCUUUACCCUGCCCCAACUCUCAUCGAUUAAAGGAAACCACACUAUCUCUCAUGUCAACGGCACUGUUGCGAGGCGACACCACUCUGGGCAUUCCUUGAGUCACUCGGCUCUUCACGUUCGGGCAUCCGAGUGCAGCACCCAGAUGGUCGGCGAGGGAGAUAGCUGCGCCGCCCUCGCCGAACGGUGUGGAAUCUCCGGUGCCGACUUCACCAAGUACAACUCGGACGAGGGACUCUGCUCCAGUCUCACCCCUGGCCAGCAUGUCUGUUGCUCGUCCGGCGAUCUCCCUGACUUCCGCCCCAAGCCCAACGACGACGGUUCCUGUGCUACUACUGUUGUGAAUGACGGCCAGAGCUGCGCUACUGUAGCGGCCGCCAAUAGCCUGACCAACGACGAUAUUGAAGAAUUCAACCAGGACACUUGGGGCUGGAACGGAUGCAAGAACAUCUUUGCUGGCAGUGUCAUUUGCGUCAGCAAGGGCACGCCACCGAUGCCUGCGGCCGUGGAAAACGCCAUCUGCGGACCGCAGGUUCCCGGCACAGAGGCCCCCGACGAUAUGAGCACGCUCGCUGACUUGAACCCUUGCCCGCUCAAUGCCUGCUGUAACACCUGGGGCCAGUGCGGUAUCACGCCAGAGUUCUGCACGGACACCAACACCGGCGCCCCAGGCACGGCCAAGGCCGGCACCAACGGCUGCAUCUCCAACUGCGGAACCGACGUGGUCAGUGGCUCAGCGCCGUCUGAGUUCCGCAGCGUGGCCUACUACGAGGGUUACCUGUUCAACCGCGAGUGCCUGUACCAGGACUCCCUCCAGAUCGACACGUCCAAGUACACCCACCUGCACUUCGGCUUUGGAUCCCUUACAGCGGACUACGAGGUCUCCGUCGGAGAUGAGUUCAGCACCUAUGAGUUCAACAACUUCAAGUUCCUCAGCGGCCCCAAGAAGAUCCUGUCCUUUGGCGGCUGGGACUUCUCGACCAAUCCCAGCACUUACAACAUCUUCCGUGAGGGCACCCAGGCAGCGAACCGCCUCAAGCUGGCAACCAACAUUGCAAAUUUUAUCAAGGAUCACGACCUCGACGGUGUUGAUAUUGACUGGGAAUACCCUGGUGCUCCCGAUAUCCCUGGUAUCCCCGCCGGUUCUGAGGACGAGGGUGACAACUAUCUCAAGUUCCUGGUUAUUCUUAAGAACUUGCUUAAAGGAAAGUCGGUCUCGAUCGCUGCUCCCGCGUCAUACUGGUACCUGAAGGGCUUCCCGAUCAAAUCCAUCGGCAAGAUCGUCGACUACAUCGUCUUUAUGACCUACGACCUUCACGGACAGUGGGAUGCCGCCAACCCCAACUCUCAGGACGGCUGCCCGACAGGAAACUGUCUCCGCAGUCAGGUCAAUCUCACGGAGACGAUGACUUCUCUGGCCAUGAUCACCAAAGCUGGCGUUCCCUCUGACCGCGUUGUUGUGGGAGUGGCCAGCUACGGCCGGUCCUUCGCCAUGGCUGAGGCUGGCUGCCACGGCCCUGAGUGUCUGUAUACCGGAUCCCGCGCCAGCUCAGACGCCACCAAGGGACGAUGCACCGGCACGGCCGGCUACCUGGCCAACGCCGAGAUCAAUGAGAUCAUCAGCGGCACCUCUUCCGGACUCAGCACUCGUGACGACGUCUCCAGCCGCGUUACCGCACACUACCUGGACGAAGACAGCGACAGCAACAUUCUGGUCUACGACGACACCCAGUGGGUUGCGUACAUGAGUCCCGAGGUCCGCGAGUCUCGAGUCAGCAAGUACAAGGGACUGAACAUGGGUGGCUCGGUCAACUGGGCGACCGAUCUCGAGACCUUCGAAGACGCACCGGUGGGCAACUGGUCAGACUACAAGGCCGCCAUCCAGGCCAGAAAGAAUCCUCUCGACGCCGACAAUCUUCACGACGGAAACUGGUCCACCCUCACCUGCGGUAACGAGUACUACAAGGGAACGCCAUACUACUCGCCCUCGGAGCGGUGGGCCUCGCUCGACGUCGACGACGCCUGGGAUGACAUGAUGAAGGCGUGGAAGUACUACCGCGACAAUGUCAACGCCACAUCGUUCACUGGGUACAUUGCCUACAUGAUAAACUAUGAGGGCUACGGUGACUGCGGCGAUAUCGUGGCCGGUUGCGGUGGAACGAUCGAGUGUCAGACCGGUCGAUCUCCUGCAGAGGUCCUCAUCUGGGAGUCGUUGAACAAAGUCAGCACCUCGUACGCGAGGUACCAUGACGGUCUUCUCUCGGCCGCGGCCCUCAUCGUCGAUCCCUCGCUCAAAGACUUCACGAAGAAGUUUGCACCUGUGCCCCCCAAAGAUGCCCUGAACUGGCAGGACCUUCUGCUUGACCUGAUCUCGGACGCGACUCCGAUGGUUGGCGGAAAGUUCUUCAAAUAUGUUCUGACCAAACUUCCUGGCAUCGCUUCGCUGAGUGAUGAAGGAAAGGAGAAAGCUCAAGAAAUCACCGAGUCUGUUCUGGGCAAGGCAGCCGAGAUUGGCACGAGUCUUGUUGACACCGAGGAUCCUGACGAGUGGUCAGACGAUGAUCAAGACGGUUUCAUGACAUACCUAGGGCAGAGUGCCGGUAUCUGGGACAGGGCCAAUACCAUCGGCUUAGCAACCCUAUUCGACGGCUCAGACGACUCCAUCGACACUCUCAAGUCCCUUGUGGCUGACGGCCACUUCAUCAACGGCGCCAGCGACCUCGGCGACGGAGACGCCUACGACGCAAAGACAGGAAACGAGACCGUCACCGACGCCUUUACAAAAGCCUACUAUGGAUUCGCGAUCCCGGCCAUAUGGCAGAGUUCGGGGCACCACCCCUUCAUCAUCGAAACGGGUCGCACCUGCACAACCGAUGAUAACCCGGACGACGAUGGCCUGGCGGCAGCCUGCCACGAGGGCAAGCUUUACAAGCUGGCCGAUCCCGACGGAGACUCGAGAUCGUGCCGCGAAAACGCGCAGACUGGCGUCAAGUGUGGCCAGGACGGUGACACCUACAACGACUUUGCCACCCUCAACGGUGUAGACCAGCUCAAGGAUGGUGCUUGGGGUGGUGUGACUCCACAGGAUAUCAUCCACGGAGCCGUCCGGACCUACAUCAACAACGGCAACGAAAACGGCGGCGAGAGCAAAGUUGACACAAGCAAGAACUUCGACAGCCUCGCGGACCUCGACAUCACCGUGCCCAACUUCAUCAACCUCCCCGUCUGCACCGAGACGAUCGCGCGCCGCUCCUGGACCAACUCCGACGACACCGAGUCCGCCCGCAACGUCGACUUCUUCCCCUGCAACGUCGCCAACGGCAAGGACUACUGCGGCGAAUCCACCUUCGAGGACCAGGGCAGCGAGGCCUCGCCCUUGAUCGACGACUGCAAGCAGAUCAUCAAGAACAUCCAGGGCACGGACGGCGAGUGGAACACCUCGCCGCUCGAGAAGCAGCGCUCGCUUGUGCAUUAUGGGUCCUGCCGCUUCGGCGUCACGGGCAAGGGCAUCCAUGGCAAUGUCUCGUUUAUGACGGGCGCCCAGGAUAUCAUUGAUAUUAUUAACGAUGCCAUUGAGAAGUUUGGGCGGGAUGAUGGGCGCGUUGGUGCGAAGGGCACUAUGCAGUGUGAUGGGAACAUUAAGAAGCAGAAGGUUGAUUGGGGGCUUUACUAG